UACAGUUGAGGAAAAGUGUGGUCGGCAGUCGCCCAGCAGUCAACCAACAGCAUCAAACCUCCACAGACCUCGCUUCUAAGGGCGGAGCCCCAGAAGCAGCUUAAACUCUCACCGCCCCUCGCGCAGAGCCUGCCGGGAGUUGUAGUCCAAUGUCCCGCGGCUCCGGUGAGUUGGACUACAAUGACCAGCAUGCCCCGCGCUUCUUGCCCCUUCCCUUUCAGCCUCGGGCGCUGGGGAGGCUCUGCAGACCUGCUGAUUGGGAACCGAUAUGGCAGCGACUCUAGGCAGCGGGGAGCGCUGGACCGAAGCUUACAUUGAUGCAGUUAGAAGAAACAAAUACCCAGAAGAUAGACCUCCUGAAAGUCAUGACCCUUGUGGGUGCUGUAACUGCAUGAAAGUGCAAAAGGAAAAGAAGUCUGAGCAUGAGUGGAAUCCAACCCGACAGGGUGAGGGGAGUGCCACUUACACUGAGGAACAGCUGCUUGGGGUACAAAGGAUCAAGAAAUGCAGAAAUUACUAUGAAAUUCUGGGAGUUUCUCGAAAUGCCAGUGAUGAAGAGCUUAAGAAAGCUUACCGAAAACUCGCCCUGAAAUUUCACCCUGAUAAGAAUUGUGCUCCUGGAGCAACUGAUGCUUUCAAAGCAAUAGGAAAUGCCUUUGCAGUCCUGAGCAAUCCUGACAAGCGACUCCGCUACGAUGAAUAUGGAGACGAACAGGUGACUUUCACUGCCCCUCGAGGUAGACCUUAUAAUUAUUACAGGGACUUCGAAGCCGACAUCACUCCAGAAGAGCUAUUCAAUGUCUUCUUUGGAGGACAUUUUCCUACAGGAAACAUUCAUAUGUUUUCAAAUGUGACAGAUGAUAGCCACUAUUACCGCCGGCGUCACCGACAUGAGCGGAUGCAGACACGGAAGGAAGAAGAAGAAGAGAAGCCUCAGACUACAUAUUCUGCAUUUAUUCAGUUACUUCCAGUUCUUGUGAUUGUGAUUAUAUCUGUCAUUACUCAGCUGCUAGCCGCUAACCCCCCAUAUAGUCUAUUCUAUAAAUCGACCUUGGGCUACACCAUCUCCAGAGAAACGCAGAACCUGCAGGUGCCUUAUUUUGUGGACAAAAACUUUGAGAAGGCCUACAGAGGAGCAUCUCUCCGUGACCUGGAGAAGACGAUAGAGAAGGAUUACAUUGAUUAUGUCCAGACAAGUUGUUGGAAGGAGAAACAACAAAAGUCGGAACUGACAAAUUUGGCAGGAUUAUACAGAGAUGAACGACUGAAACAGAAGGCGGAGUCGCUGAAACUUGAAAACUGUGAAAAACUUUCCAAACUCAUUGGCCUGCGCAGAGGUGGCUGAAAGGAUGCUAGUCCUACACCGGGUUGGGGUUUUGCUACUUGUUACUAUUUAUGUUCCUAAUUCCAUUUUAUAAUACAAAAUUAGGAAAUGGCAAACAUUUUACAACUUGCUAACUUUCGUGGGCAGAGUUGAAGGCACUUGAGCAUGGAGCCAGACUUGCCAUCACAGAAUCCUUCCUGGGGAUUGGCUCCAGGGGCCACGAACAGUUCACCUGAAUUGAAUUAAAAGCAAAGCGUUUGAUGCAGCUCCCCCUGCUCCAUGCCUAUCCUGCCACUAGGAUUGUAGUUCAGGCAUCCCAGAGCAGGUCCACGUUUUCUUCCUCCUUCCCUUCUUCAGUUAAGUCUGGAUAUCCGUCGUUCCUAGGCAUAGCCAAAGCAGCUUCGCAUUAGUUGUUUACAGUGUACACGGAGAAUGAUAGCUCUCCCUUCCUGUGAGUCCUCAUGGCUCCUAGCAUUCAGCCCUUGGAACAGGUGCCCGCCCAACUUUGCAUUUUCUAAGGGAAAUGAGAGAUGUUAACUAUUACAGUCAAUGGUUUUCCAUUGCCUAUCUCUGUUCAGAGUUACUAGCAUUAGCAAACUGCCUGAUUUGAGUUUCUUUUACUUCCUUAACCCUCUCUCUUGUGAGAGAGUCCAGAAGGUAAAAGCCACUGGGUAAAAGAAACAGUUCCAUGGACAGCCCAGCAGCAGAAAGCAGGGACCUGGGGAUGAAGGUAAAACACAAGCCUGAGUCUCAGCUUCUCGGUGCAGGUUCCCGAGGCCAUCACAGAAUCUGGAGAAUAUGGGUAGUUUUUUGCCAUUUCCUCUUGCAGCAUCACACUUGACCGGAGUCCCUACACCCCACGCAAGUACAGUGGUCAGACCUAAGAGCAGGCAUUGCCGGCCAACCAGACUGGUUGCUCAAGCCUAGAGCUAGAGGGGAAAGACCCUCUUUCCAUUGCUUCAGAGGUCAGUGUUGGUCCCAGCCAUCCUGGUCUUUAACCCAGGGCCCCAUCGCUUGUGAUAUGAGAUGCCUUUUCACGUAAUCAACAUUUAUUGAGUGCCUAGCGUGAAGCCGGAGCUCUCACAUAUAUUUUCUUACUUUAGCCUCCUCACAACUCUGUGAAGGAGACAUGUUAUCCCUUUGUUUAUGAAAGAGAACAUUAGCCCAGAGAGGAUGAAUGGUUGACCCAGUCACAAAACUGGUAAUGGCAGAGCUAGGUUAUCAAGUAGAACAUGUGAGGUCAUUCCCAUUUCUUUGGCAGUUCCAGCCAGAUUGGUAAGGCAUAAUCUUUCCCAAGGAUGCCCCAGUACCCCCUGACCAUGUGACCCUGUGACCAUAUAUCCUUUUUAUGGCAGUCCUGCGUUCACUCCGGACCUUCCUCACUGGCCUUGAGGGAACAAGACCCUCUCUAUAACAAUUCUGUAUACAAAACAAGAGGUCCUCAAAGGCAGGCAGCUGUUCCCACUGGUGACAAGGAAGAGGUUAGUUACUACCUAGGCCUGAUAGUUCUGGGCCCUCUCUUCUAAGUGAACUAUCAGGACUGAGCUGCCUAGAUCAUCAUGAAUCAGAACCUAGAAGAUCAAUAGGUGACUGUAGUCUACACUCAAUGUUUUCUUCAGGAGGAAAGGAAAGUUCCUAUAUCAAAACUGAUUUCCAAAGUAGAGUUUGUCCUUUCAGAGGCAUAGCCAUGAUUUAGGCAGAUGUGUCUAGCAUGGUUCAACAUGGACAUUCCACAGGGUCAGGAGAUGGGUCCAGAGGUGAAGAGUAGAUCUUUGGUGGCUGGAAGGGGACACCUGCUCAGCUGUGGGAAGGGGAGCAGCUCCAGAGAAGCCAGAUUUUGCUGCUCAGCUAGGUCCAUCUUCCUGGUCUAGGGGGACUUCCUUGAUCCUUUCUGAGUAAUUGAGGGGAUUUAUACUAUAAAAUAUGCCUGUGAGCCAAACAGGCUUAUGGAAAGAUUCCCUAUUCACACAAAAAUCAAAGCUCUCCCUUCCCCAACUCCAGUCUCUUCUAGAAAAAAAGGACCAUGAUUAAACUGACUUGACAUGGAUUUCAUGGCAGAGAUGUGUUGCCUGUGAUGAUACAAAACAGAGGUAAAACUAACUCCAUUAAACAUCAGGUCUCUUGUCUGUUUUCAUAGCACUGAUGGUACUGUUGUAUUUAUUACCUAAGAGACUACAACACAUCUGGCUUUCCUCUCAGUAGAAUGGUAUUUGCCUUUGUUAGAGAAUAGUUUCAUCUGUUUGGUACAGUCCAGAAUAUAGCUGCACUCUAAUUUCCUUGGUUCUGUUUUAGAUGGGUUGUCUGCAUGGUGGUAAAAUAAGCAUCUUCCUCUUGCCUACAUCUUCUGGAAGUUUUCCUGAUUAUGUAUAAACUCCUUAGGUAAGGCUUUUUCUUGCUGUUUUGCUGCGUAGUUCUCUACGUUUCCAUGAGCAUUCACUCCGAAUGGAGAGGGGUGAGAUGGGAGCGGGGCUGAGGAGGCCUAGCGGCUCAAGCAGAAGGUGAAGCUCCCACUCAUCAGAGUGAAAGGACUCCCUGCACCGGCUGAUCAGCAGUGAGGAGGGGAAGGUGAAAACCCUUCUCACACAGAGGACACCAGAGCCUCAAGGAAUCCGUGUCCCCACAUUAACAACCCUGGGGUUCAUCUGUUCAAACCAGAAAACUUCUGAACUUCCUGGAUCAGCUCCAGGCCUCACAGUUUGGGACAAGUGACCAGUAAGAAAGUGCCAUUGCUAUGCUUUCUGUUGGAAACUAUUAGAAAUCACACUGAACUCCAAACCCCACUGGAACAUGGGAUCCAGAAGCCCGGCCAAGCCUUGUGCUGUUCUCAUUUUCAUCCUUCACUCUCAGGACUGCCUUUGUGAGGAGGCACUGUUGGGAUUCCAGAAGUUUUCUGUUACAACUGGCCACACUUGCUAGCUCAUUGUCUCUGCAUGCUCUGUUCCUCACAGAAGCUAGCUCUUAAUUAGUAUUUAUUUUGGACUCGUUUAUGGUAUAAGCUUAGUGUUCUAAUGUAUUAAUUUUUGGAAAGGGCCAAGUUACUCUACAUCAUAUUUUUUGAGCCUGUGUUGCUGAUCCCUCGUGCAGUGACCACCGAGUAACUAUAUAUCCAUGUGUUCGAUAUUGAUUACAUCAUUUGCAUCACACUCAGUAUUUGGAAUUAAUGAUGUGAAUGUUCUGUGACCAGAGCUGGGUUUGACACCAGUGGAAUCUGCUCCUGGGGAAUACGAAUCCUGAAAACUCUGGUCACCUGAUCCACUGCAUCUGGAUUGAGUGUAUUUUAACAGAGAAAGAAAUUAAAUGAUUUUAUACAAAAAGAAUGGGUCUAUAUUUUCCCUUUGUUCUUUUCCUCUUGCUCAUGUCACCCCUGGGCACCACGUCCUUCCUCACUGCCUUGGAGCCACCUGGGACUAGAGGCCUACUCUCCUCUGUUCCAGCCUUCCCGAAUCCGUCACUGGAACUGUUGGUGUUAAGAACAACAGAGAACUGGUGGCAUCACCAAUUCCACAGGCCUCUUCCAUCAGGGAAAGCCAGCUGCCAUGUCGGUCCAACCAACCCUGCAAACUCUAAGAUAACCCCAUGGAGAAGAGAAGCAAACAUGCAGAGGAGAACCAAACAACUGAGCAGGCAGCAAGAACUGAGAACCCAGACAUAAAAUCUAAGCCCAGCUGUGCAGACCACCCAAGCCG